AUGGGAAAUCAUACUACAGUGAGCACAUUCCUUCUGUGGGGAUUUUCUGGUUUCCCAGACCUGCAGAAUUUUCUCUUUGUGAUGAUUUUCUUUUGCCAUGUGACUACCGUAACUGCAAAUGUGUCCAUAAUGGUGGCCAUCCAGCUCAGUCACAACCUUCACACUCCCAUGUACUUUUUCCUCUGUGGUCUGUCCAUUUCAGAAACUUGUACCACUAUGGUAAUUCUCCCCCGUAUUUUGGUGGACUUGCUGUCAGACAACAAGACCAUUUCUCUUCCUGAGUGUGCCACACAGAUGUUUUUCUUCUUAGGCUUAGGAGGGAAUAACUGUUUCAUCAUUGCUGCCAUGUCCUAUGACCGUUACACUGCCAUUCACAACCCACUGCAUUAUGCCAUCCGGAUGACCCAUAAGAUGUGCUUGCAGCUCAUGAUGGCGUCUUGGAUGGUUGGAUUCCUGGUUUCUCUCUGCAUCGUCAUCACUGUAUUCAACCUAUCUUUCUGUGACUCCAACACCAUCCAGCACUUCUUCUGUGACAUCUCGCCUGUGGUCUCCCUUGCUUGUGAUUACACUUUGUAUCAUGAAAUGGCUACUUUUUUGCUCUCUGCCUUUGUGUUGGUGGGAAGCUUUAUUUUAAUUAUGAUUUCCUAUGUCUUCAUUGGGUCCACAGUUUUGAAGAUGCCUUCUGCAAAGGGGAAGUAUAAGGCCUUCUCAACUUGCUCCUCCCACCUCACUGUAGUGUGCAUCCACUAUGGAUUUGCUUGCUUUGUUUAUUUGAGGCCCAAGGACAGUGACUCAUUCCAUGAAGAUAUGCCAAUGGCUUUGACAUAUACAGUGCUGACACCUCUGCUUAAUCCCAUAGUAUACAGUCUAAGAAACAAAGAAAUGCAGAUAGCCCUAAUGAAAGUAGUAGACAAUGCAAAUAGGCUUAUCUCUCAGAGGGUUAAUAAAAGAACCUUGAACAUUUAA